AUAUAUUUAAAUAUAUACGUACAUCUAUAUGAAUAAACGAAAUAGUUUUCAGUUAGAACUAAUGAUUAUAUGAAUACUAUCUAGUGUGAAUGUUUCACACGCAAGGUGAAUUUUUAUACUGGAUAAGCCUUUGUCGUUAAAUAUAUAUAGUAAGCAUAAUUUGGGCUUAUAACAUGUAAUAAUCACUGAAUUGUAAGAAUGCUUUUGGAAGGUUACCUCACACUUUAUGAAUAUUUUAAAUGAAUAUAUUCAAUUCAUGACACGCGGAUAAUUAAUUUGGUUUGAAGAAUCGGUACUAUAAUAGAGAUGUUAUCAACUGAAAAGAAUAUAUUACAGCUGAAUAAAAUAAAAUGUUACAUAAAUCUUAACAAGCUUUAGUAGAAUGAUAAAGUGAUACGAUGCCCACCGUAUUUCAUAGAGACUUAUUCAGUUAACAGUGUCAUUAUAUUGCAUGGACUAUGCACGCAAAUGCUAACACAGUGACUGUAUCCAAUGCCACCAACUAGUAGAUUGAGAUUCCUUCUUUAAAGGAUUUAUGAGUACCGUCAAUUCCUGUGAUGUUUGUAAACCGGCAAGUUAUUUUCUUCUGAUUGUAUUGACAAAAGGAAAAGCAUUACAGAGUCUGUGCUUUGUCUCCCAGCUUGAUGUUGUACACUGCGAAGUGACCAAAACUACCCAUUCAGUCAACAUUAUGAAAACUAUUGAAGAAACCUGGAAGUUUAGACUAUUUGAACACACGCCAAUGCAUACUGCAGACCUACCGUGCGAUGAUUCGCUUUCAUAAUGUUCCGUAGGCACGAUCGGUUAUUACCAUGGGUUUUGUUCGUGAAUAACGCGUAGUAAAUCAUGGUUAUGAGUGACUGACUGACCAUCUUGUUACAGUGAUCAACCCAUCCUAGCUAGUAAGUGGACAUUCUCAAGAUCAUGUUAGCGUCGAUCAAAGGUCGUCCAAAAAUUGUAGUUUCACCAAUGUAGUUCCAAUAGCGACAAUCUUAAUCUGUUUAUACCAGCAUUUUAAUAUCACAGUUAGUUCAUCAAAAGUCAUUCACUUUUAUCGCCUAUUGGUAUAUGUGCAUCCUGUACGGAUUGCUUCGAUAUUACUUCAAGUCACAAGCAUUCUAAGCUUGGAUGGAUGAUGGCUAGUGGUGGAAUCCAGUUUGAUGCACGUUUCUUCCUAUUUGGGACAGAUCAGCUGGAUAUACCUGCAUCCGAGAGUUCACGUUCACUCCGGGACUGAUCGAUUUCAGUCUUGAACAUCAAUGGGAAGUUUCAAACAAAUAAUACAAAAUAAAUUUAUACUUCAUGCCAUUGCAGAAACAAGUGGUUAUCAGGAAUCAGUAGCAAAUUGGUUAACGACAUGGCGAACGGUGCUGAGUUCGAAUCCCUGAGUCAACAUCAACUUUCGGAUGCAGGUACAUCCAGCUAACCAGUGACAAAUAGGACGAAACACACAUCAAACUGGAUCUAACUGCUAGCCACCAUCCACCGUUUUUAUCUUUAAUUUAUACAAACUUAAAUGUGAAGCUUUUAUUAAGAUGCCCAAAGAUUAAGUCUAAAAGUUAAUUUCCUCCAAUGCCUAUAAAAUUUUAUCAUAUUUCAAUUGAUGUUCUUAACCUGCACAUAAACAUUUUAGAUGAGACUAUAUUUAUGGACAACCUGUGAGCGACGGUAGAGUAACCUUGAGAGUGUCCACCUAAUAACUAGGACCAAAUGAGGGUUGUAAACCAGUGUGAUGAAUUAGAACUAUGAUUUACAGUUGAUGGUUAAGGCAAGGAGUUAGAUUUACGGUUUUCAUCACGAACUAACAUAAGCUAAAAUGCCAAAACUCCACUCAUUCAAAUGGAUGAGUGAAUUUCACGCCAAAAUCCGAGCCUUUUUACCUUGUAUCUGAUUGGUUCGUCCAUAAAUAAUUAUAGUCUCGCCUGAUUGGACUGUAUAUACAUGGAACCAAUUAUUAUAAUAAGUGCAUUGGUUUUAUGUGGUAUAAUGUAAUGGGAAAGUUUGGAGAACACCUAUUAUCGGUUAUUUAAUUACAUAGUAUACACAGGUCAGAAGACUUCUUUAUGUUUCACCGCAUCGAUUUCAGUGUUUUAUAACAGACAUAAUAUCAACUACAACUCAAUAUUCAGGUAACAAUCCAUGCGCUCAGCUAACCUUGUGUAUGUUAUGGUUAUUGAUAUUAGAUAACAUCGAAUAGCUUAGUUGGAGUGAGUCAUGGAUUUUUAACAUUAUGGUCCAAACUUUAGAAUAGUAAUUGGUGUGUACAGGGGAACAAGAAGCCCUGACAAACUACGAAAGCAAUUUUUCGGGACGUUAUUUCAUUUUAUGCAAAGCUUGUAAAACACUAACAUUUAUUUUUGUCCCUAAUCUAUUCUACGUUACAUAAGCUUUCGUUUGAUGUGUGAUUCAUUGCCAUACCCUUAUCUGUUCCGAAGCAAUAGUAAUUUAAACAUAUUUUGCACCCUAUUUUCUACUCUAAUUCCCAGCUUUGGACAUAGUUGUAUUUUUCCUAAUUAUUGUACGUUGUGGUUGGGUUAGUCACCUAUUUAUUCAUGUACCUUUUUACACUAAUCUGAAAUCAGGAUAUCGAGAGUAGAUCGAGUAGUGUUCCAGUUGACUUGUUACUAUAACAUUCAAUAUUGACAUUUGGUAAUAAACAAUAAUUAAUCAAUGCUAUCUGUCAUAUUAUUGGCGUAGAAUGAAAAACCUUAAACAAUGUUCCAAUAAGCCUAUAGUAAAUUAGGAGUACAUUGUAGCGAAGCUUGAAAUGAAACAAAUUUAACUUGUUAAAUUUAUUACUUAACAUACUCUCAUCAUGCUUUUAUCUAUCAUCUUUUGUAUCUAUACUGAACUAUCCCAUGAGGGUUUGACGUGGUUGGCAUUUACAUUAUGAUUGCGCAACGUGAUAAAUGGACUCUUAGAAUUAAAGCCAUUUGCUUCAUACUCAUUGCCCUUUUCAUCAUAUGGUUGAUCAACAUCUCACUAAGUUUACUCUAUCAUGGUAUAUACAAUGAAAGUUACACAUUCUUAUCAGAGAACAUGGAACUGAUUGAUGGGAAUAUAUUUGCUUCAAACUCUUCAGAGUUCAACCUGGCUAUGAAAUUGCACAAAAUGUAUUCUACUAUUAAUGAAACUUCCAUUCAAAAUCACCCUCUGAGAUUUGAUGUAGAAGAAAACAGACUGAAGAGAUUAUAUGACUCAUUAAGUAAAAAUAAUUCAGUUAACUUUACCAUAUCCUUUCGUUUGGAUUCAACGAUUUAUUCACCAUACGGUUACUAUGAACCGUAUUUAAAGUACCAUGGACCAAAAACAAGAUAUCCGCUGCCUUCUCGAAAUUUUGCUGCUGGCAAAUCGAAAAAAUAGCAUGAUUUGUGAGUAACUGUGCAGCUAAAAGUCCUAGACUACAAUAUGCUGAGGAACUUUCAAAAUAUAUCCCGGUUGAUAUAUAUGGUAAGUGUGGGACAAAUGUAUGUUCUAGGAAUUUGAUAAAUGAUCCUUUGUUACCUGAUUGUUUUAAAUUGAUUUGUCAGAACUACAAAUUUUAUCUGAGUUUUGAAAAUAGUUUAUGCAGUUGGUAUAUCACUGAGAAACUUUAUAAGAAUGCAUUGAAGAAUUGAUAUUUUGACAGACAAUUUUGAUCCCUAUGUUGCUGAUAUUGGAAAGGUUUCCAAUGAUUUGAGGAGCGAAUCUUUGGUUGUGGAGAUCGGUGAGUAAAUUCCCGGAUGACCGCAGUGAAACGAUGUAGCGAUGCGAUGGCUUCUGAAAAGGCCACAUUAUUACUCACUAAAAUACUAGUUGACUUUAUAUCAAAGAUAAUACCACUAUUCAGAAGGACGGAAUACUUAAAAAAUAAGAACUGAUGUGCUUAAGCCGUGGACCACUGAAACUUCAACCAAUAACGAUCGUAUUGUCAGGCCGAAUUUUCCGUCAUCAUAUCACCUAUAAGAGUGGUUUCAUAGGAGGUGUACCAAAUGAUAUCUGCAAUUUAAACUGGUAGGUUUUAAUAGCUUAUUUUUCGGCUAGUUUGAGCAAUAGGAUUCAACACUUAACGGACAACCAGACUAGUGUGACCCUGUUGGUUUGCGUAAUCUCCAGACCUUUUGAGGAAAAGGUUAUAUUUUUCAUGAUUGUUAUGUGACAUUAUUUUUACCAAAGUGCUGAUAUCAUGAAUUCUAUUUUCUACUGAAUAUGCAAUUUGUUGUUGUUGAAUAGACUGUAAAUUGAUGUUUAGAUCAAUGUCUGACGGAUUAUCAUACUUUUUUAUUCAUUUCAAGAAAUGAUAUACUUCCAAUUGUGAUGGGUGCAUCGAUAGAGGUAUAUGAAAGAGUCGCUCCUCCAUACUCGUUCAUUCACGUUGAUCAAUUCGAAUCACCAGCUAAACUGGCAGACUAUUUGAAGUAUUUGGACAAGAACGAUACUGCAUAUAAUGAAUAUUUUGCAUGGCAUGGUCAUGGAAUCAUACAUGAUUACGAUGCCCAACCUCAAUGUGCAAUGUGUCCGCUAGGUCAUAUAUCUCAUGCAUUUGGUCCAUAUUGGGUUCCUCGUGUGGCACGAUGGUGGAAUGAUGGAUGUAAUGGUCGGAAAUUGCGUUGGAAUCUAUGAAUUGUGAAUAUUGACAAUAUUAACGCAGUUGCUUUCUACUUUGUUUGACUGUGUAACAUACCCAAAUCUUUUGCUUCCUCUCCAUAUUGACUUCGCUGCAUGUUCUGUUUUACACUCGCUAGUAAUCUUGAACUGAAUCAACGUGUAAAUAAAAUAAUUGGAAAUUAUCAAAUCAAACCUUUGUAAUUGAUACCUGCUGAAUGAACCUUCAUUUAUAGUUGAUCCUGUAAAUAAACUCUUUGAGUAAUCGAUCAUUAUUUCGUCUAGUUUUGUUUUAACUAUUUAACAGUGAAUAGUUUGAGAAUUUUCAAAGUGAGUGAUUCUGAAGCUAAAGGCGUAGAAGAUUUGUAGCUCAGGUGGAUGAUUUUGAUGGAGUUUUGUUCUCUGAGCUGAAUGGUUUGAUGUUGGAGCUUUGAUCGUUCUUCUGGACGACAUCAUCAGUACAAACUCCAGAUGGAAGUGAAGCGUUCGAGAACAAAACUCCGUCAAGAAGCUAAACGCUUACAAAAUACGUUGAAUAACUAUGAUUUUGGUGAUGAUCUCUUGAAUUGAAAGCUAUGUCUCUUACAUCAUGGUUCGAUAAUUAUGUAACAUUCUUUUUAGAUGAACAUUUAUAUUUGACAUUUAAUCAAGUACAAUUGUUUAGGUUAAGAUAAUGAGUUUGCUGAGUGUGUGUUGAUUCUCAAAAUCCCACUUCCUACCAUUUCAUUAGAUUGGAUAAUUGAGUCCCACAGACGUUAGUGAGGAUAUUUUAGCUACUCAUUAGUAGUCUUUUACCUAAAU